AUGGCAUCCACCACCUCCAAUGCCCACACGGCGGGUGAGAAGAGCCGACAUAUCAUACGUCUCCUUGAGGAACGCGGUCAAGAUGACUACAUCGGGGAGGAUAUCAGCCAGCUGGAGCAUUGCCUACAAGCCGCCCAUCAGGCAAAAGGAGCCGGCAGUCAGAAUGAAGUCAGCAUCGCCGCCUUGCUUCACGACAUAGGGCAGUUCCUCCCAGCGGACUUAGAGUCUGACCAGAUCAAAGAGCUAAAGUCGCAGAACGAUUCUGUCUCAGUUGGCCGAGUGGGGCACGAGACUAUUGGAGAGCACUACUUGCGCUCGUUAGGGUUUGGUGAGACAGUUUGUCGUCUCGUGGGAUCUCAUGUCGCCGCCAAGCGUUAUCUCACUGCUAUCGAUCCGGCCUACUAUACCGGUCUGUCUGCAGCAUCGAAGAAGAGUUUGCAGUUUCAAGGGGGCCCGUUGAAAGGGAAGGAGCUUGAAGUGUUCAUGACGGACCCGUUGAGCAAGGAUAUGAUCAGGUUGAGGAAGUGGGAUGAUGGCGCAAAGGUUGUCGGGAUAGCGGACAAGACGCCGAGGUUGGGAGGAUAUGAGGCAUUGAUUGAAAAACACCUGAGAGGGAACACAGAAAGGCUUUAA